CAUACACCAAGAGCAGGUAAAUCAGAUGUGUAGAAGUAAGUUCACCAUUUUGACCUAUGGAAUUACAGACACAACUUCAUAAAGCUAAAUUCAGUUGAGUGAUUAUUCUGGUUAUGCAAAGCAGUUCGUGGGGGGGGGGCAGACACACGUUUCUUAUAUUUUUAUUGUGUUGUGUUCUGGCUCACUAUAGGCUGUCCCACUAACUUAAUGCACGCUUUUUCUGGCAGAUUUUUUAGAGCUAUAGCUGGUUAGCUAAAAGCUACAGUUUCCUUUUAACUCCUUGCUCUCAAUUGGUGGAGAAUGGUCAGCUGACGUUGUCAUAUUGUCCCUCUCUGAGCCAAGCCUCAGCUAUAACACUCCAGUUUGUGCGUCUACCGGAGAUUGGAAAUUAAUAAUAUUGCAACGAACCGUCUAUUCACAGAAGCAGAGAAAGUGUAAAAGGAACGUUUUUGCAAAAGUGUGCAAUAUAGACAGAGUAAGAGGGGAAGGGGGAGCUACUGAGAGGGGGAAGUGGAGAAAAAAGACCGAUAAAGAAGUGGGAGAGUUGAAGCAGAGGGUUGCAGGCAAGGUAUGAAUUCGUAUUUCGCAAACCCGUCGCUCUCCUGCCAUUUAUCUGGUGGUCAAGAUGUUUUGCCAAAUGUGCCCCUAAAUUCCACCACUUACGACACAGUGAGACAUUUUUCCUCGUAUGGGGCUGCUGUGACACAGAAUCGGAUAUACGCAAAUCCUUUCUAUUCUCCCCAAGACAAUGUUGUUUUUGGGUCGAGCCGGGCACCCUAUGAUUAUGGAUCUAAUAUGUUUCUUCAAGACAAGGAUGGGGGUCUUGCCAGCUGCAGGCAAACCACGAGCAUGGGACUGAAUGCUCAAAGCCACGUUGCUCAGGAGUACAGUUUGGACCAAGCUAGAAGUGUAUCACAGGAGCAGAAAGCAAACGUCCAGAUCUACCCGUGGAUGCAGCGAAUGAACUCUCACAGUGGAGUUGGGUAUGGGUCAGACAGACGCAGAGGACGCCAGAUAUACUCCCGUUACCAAACACUGGAACUGGAAAAGGAAUUCCAUUUCAACCGCUAUCUGACCAGACGUAGACGUAUUGAAAUAGCUAACGCUCUCUGUUUGACAGAACGUCAGAUAAAAAUUUGGUUCCAGAACCGUCGCAUGAAAUGGAAGAAAGAGAGCAAUCUAACGUCAACGGUGACGGGAAGUGAAUCGACAGGGGUCUCGGUGGAGGAGGAAAGAGUCGGCGUGGAAGAUGAGAAAGAAGAGGGGAAAAAAGACAAAUAAUGAAAUGAUGACAUUUUAAACUAAGCCAUUUAAGGACCAGAAACUCACAUGCAUGAUAAUAUUCUGCUAUUUGUUCGUCUCUCACAAAACGUAUAAAGCCACGCGUAAAACCAUGCAGCGUAAAAAAAAACACGUUUUUUUGUGGGGGGUGGGGUGGGGUGGAGGGGUGAAAAAGCAUUGUCAACUGAUAGAGCUUUCCAUCUUGAUGGCGUAAUGUCCUUUGUCAUAUGUCAUUCUAUUUGUGUUGUGAAAUGGAAAGUGAUAAAUUAAUUUCCCCAGAAAACUUUUUUUCCAUCAAAGUAAAAUGUAAUCAUCUAUAUAUUGGUUUGGAUCACCUCAAUCAAUUCACAUAGGUCAGCGAUUGGCAUGAUUUACAAAAACACAAUAUAGGCACAGUCAUUCCAUGGUCAAUUGUGAAGGAAAUGCGAAGGCACACGGCGUUUGUUUCUGUCAAUGUACUCGAAUCUUUACUUUCCAGUAAGUCAUAUAGUUGCGCAGUAUACAUCUCGCAAAUAUCCUGAAAGCUCUCACGGGGUCAACUACACUACCUAAAUUGUAGAUAAGCCUGUAUAUAUUCUGUGUAUGCCUAUACUAUGUGCCGCUUAAAUUGACGCUCUUUUUAAUGUUGCACUUACCACUGUUAACCGUUUUUGGUUAUUCAAGACUACCUAAUAAAGACGAGCAACAAUCCCUUUGUUUAGGGCUGUGAAUUUAUGUU